AUGUCAGCGCUCCUCUCUCUAAUAGGCUGGUCCUUCCUCCCCGGCCUCGUUUCAUCCUGGGUCCAAACCAUCUACUACGGCAUCACCAUCCGCGCCGGCGACCCCAAGCCCCAAGCCGGCACCCCGCGCUACGCCCAACACCGCCGCCGGAUCCACAUCCUCGUCGUGGCCGCCUACCUACUCUACACCAUCUACGAAGCCGACCACGACCUCCGCCGCAAGUCCACCUACUACGCAGACCUCGGCCUGCCAAUCUCCUCCACCGAGAACCAGGUCAAGUCCCGCUUCCGCCGGCUCGCCGCCCUGCACCACCCAGACAAGACGAGCGCCGAGGAGGCCGCCGAGUCGGCCAACGUCUUCAUCCAUCUGAAGCUCGCUUCGGACACGCUUCAGGAUGCCGCCAAGCGGUUCGCCUACCAACGGUUCGGCGACGCCAUAAACAGCUGGGAAAAGUGCGUCACCAUCAAGGACUUUGUCACACAGGGCCUGCUGUACAACACCCUUCCGCACUACAGCGUCGCCGCCGCCACCAUCUACCUCCUCGGCCUGUUCGGGUACUUUGAAUUCGCCAAGUUCUACAGGUGGCUCAUCCUCGUGGCGCUGUGCCUCAUGGAAGUCCACAUCGUCACGAGGCCCGCCUUCCCGCCGCUCUUGAACGCCGUCAAUGCAUUCAUGACGCGGGUCGCCUUUCGCGACGCCUACCUGCCGUUCCAGUUCAUCGCGCUGCUCAGAAAGCUCGUCCUGACCGUGUACAUUGCGCUGUCGCAGAUAGGGCCGCUGCUGGUGCAGGGUGCCGGGCCCAAGGGCACGGCGGCGGCCCACGACGAAAAGUCCCUGCGGGAGAACCUGACGCGGCUCGAGACCUUGUCGAAGCAGCUCGAUGCUGACGCCGCGCGGCUGAUGGACAUGGAGGUCGCGCCCUUCAAGGGCGACUCGGCCAGCGUUCACAACCUGCAGAGCAAGAUGAGGGAGUGGCUUGUGCAAAAUACCAUUCGGGCGGACCCCAUGGUGAGAGACGCCAUGGGCAGGUCGUACGCGAAGCGAAGAAUAGAUGCCCCCAGCGGCGCAAAGGGAAAUAGAUAG